AUGCUGCAAUGCUCGCCGUCGCAACCGCGCCCGCUCCAGCCGCCACUCCCGCAUGUCCACACGCGCCCGCGCCACCCGAUGCUGUGCUUGACGCGCCCGCCUCCGCUCGCGUUCGCCACGGCCUGCUGCUGCCCUGCUGGCCGCCGCUCCCAGCUGCGCGCCGCCCCCGCUCGCCCCUCGCCCGCGCGCUCACCUGCGCUGCCCCGUGUUGCCGUUCGUCGCCGCGCCCAUGGUCCCCUCGCGCACCCCGCGCCCGUGCCGCCUUCUCCGGCCUCGUCCAGGCCACCUCCACCUCUGCCGGACCGCGCCAGACCGCGCCCGUCGCGCCCCCCAACCCUGCUGCUGGCGUCCUGCAGCCAUCACCGCCGCCCGCGACUGCUGCCGCCGUCCACUGCUGCUGGCCGGCGCCCGAGUCUAGUCGCCCGCACCCCGCCGCUGGUGCCGGCGUGCGUCGUGCGUGCCCCGCGCCCUCUCGGGCACGCGCCCGUUCGGGCUACGCCAGCACCCAGCACCCUCUAA